CACGUUUCCUUAAUUCCAUUUAUCCAUAUAACUAGAAUGCACUUCUGCUAACAUCGAUAGCCUGUUUAUCCCAACCGCACGAGUAAGCCUUACCGAAAGUCCUAAUGGUGUGGUAAAUGUAGCCAGUCCUGACUGACAUUAGAGAAAUAGCUUAGAUAAGGGUUGACACAGAUCGCUGCGUUUUGAGUGCCCUGCUUAGAAAAUUGAGCUCGUCGGUUGUAAAGGUUGUACCGUUGAACGAGCUUCGCAGCAGUGCUUGUGUCUGAUCGCGGUCUGUUGAAUGAAGAAAGCGAAAGCAGAGUUGGGAGACACCGAAAACACCAACAUCAGCACGAAUCAACGGGAAACGUUCAAAAUCACAGCGCGAAUUUAAAGGGCUAUUCGCCAAGAGUCAAAGAUGACUAAUCGGCCUUUGAAUCAACAAACUAUUUCAGGCUGCAACACAGCUUUACGCGAAUGUUGAAAUAUGCCAGUCCCCGUUGUCGCCAUCGCAGUGUCCGUAUCGGCGGGUGUCUUCUUAGUCGCCGUCAUCGCCCUCGUCUGCGUCUACAAGCGACGCAAGCGCGAUGAGAAAUACAAGCAGUACUCACAGGUAGCCAAGAAUACCUCACUCCAGUUGCCGCCAUGCAACGUGCGAACGGAGAAACAGAUCGUCAACGAGGGGUCCAAGGGUCUUCCCCUGAGGGACACCCUAGGCGUCAAAAUGCUAUCAGCGUCAGAAGAGUCCCUGUCGCCGGCCGUGUCGAGUGAUGAUACGUUCUACGACGCCCUAGAGAGGUACGACAGUAGACGGUCGAUGUCUCUGUCGAGUAGAGACCCGAGUCCGACCAGCGCCAACGAGGACGAGGAGGACGAGGAAGAUGAGGUGUACCCUGAAGGUCAUAUAGGUCGGCUAUGGUUCAAUAUACAAUAUAGCACGACCGGACAGAACCUUGUUGUCACCCUAGUCAAGGCCAGGAACUUGCCAUCGCGGAGUAAAACGGUUAGAACAUGUGACCCGUUCGUUAAGAUUGCUCUGCUGCCCAAGGAUAAGCACGUGUCGCAAUCUCGGUGCAAGCGGAAGACCAAGAGGCCGACAUUCAAUGAGACGUUCUACAUUCCCAUAGCUGAAGACGAGCUGGACUCAUCUACCCUGCAGUUCACCGUAUUUGAUGGGUACAGGAUGAGCCAGCAGGCGAUUAUAGGGGAGGCCAUGUACCCCUUGAUUGAUAUGGAGUCCACUGGGAUACAGGAGCUGUGGAGGGAUCUCGAGAAGCCAAUAGAGACUACAUCAGAGUUGGGCGAUAUCCACAUCUCGCUGUCGUAUUACCCGACACUUGACCGCCUGACUAUCAUCAUCUUGAGGGCAGCUAACCUCAGGACAAUAGGACACAAAGGAACAGAUCCUUUCGUCAAGAUAGCAUUCUCAAUCGGUAACAAAGUCAUGAAAACCAAGAAGACCGCUGUACACCAAGACACAGUCAACCCGAUGUUCAACGACGCCUUUAACUACACCGUGACCGAGGACGACCUGGGCACGAGUUCCCUGCUGGUGUCGGUUUGGCACAGCGGGGGAGGGGUGCGGGAAGAUAAGCUGAUUGGGCGGGUCCUCUUGGGCGGGAUGAUGUAUGCACGGGGGAAGGAGUGUGAACACUGGACAGAGAUGAUGACAAACCCAAGAAAAAUGAUCAAAUACUGGCAUCCGCUUGGCCCUUAAUAACAGGCAUUGCCUUAUGUAUGGUGGCAGGUGGCAGAGAGUCAGAGGCCGAGUUACUUCACUCCGUGACGUACCGGUGUCGUGAAUGUUACAGAGGUUAAGAGUAUUUGGCAAACUCGCAAACUAAUAACCAAGAACGCCGAAAACAUAAUUUGCCCCGUCAAUGAAACAUUCUGACAAUUGGCUAGCCCGUUUGCAAACUAAUAACAAGAACGCCGAAAACAUAAUUUGCCCCGUCAAUGAAAUAUUCUGACAAUUGGUUAGCCCGUUUGGAAACUAAUAACAAGAACGCCGAAAACAUAAUUUGCCCCGUCAAUGAAAUAUUCUGACAAUUGGUUAGCCCGUUUGGAAACUAAUAACAAGAACGCCGAAAACAUAAUUUACCCCGUCAAUUAAAUAUUCUGACAAUUGGUUAGCCCGUUUGCGAACUAAUAAAAAGAACGCCGAAGACAUAAUUUGCCCCGUCAAUGAAAUAUUCUGACAAUUGGUUAGCCCGUUUGCAGGGGUGAACAGCGUAUUUAUAGCGGUAGAAACAUGAGGUGAGACCGCCGGCAUCUUUGAAUUGCAACGUGAUAGUCCUUACGUGCGGGAUACCGAGAGCUGUCAAAAUGAUCAAAGGACAUUCACGUCACCGGGGCUCACGAAAUAAACUUAUAUUAAAGACAAAAGUGACGGGAGCUAUCCUGGUAGAGGAAGCUUACGGCUUCUUUACUCACUAAAAAAAAUAAUUAAAACUAGCAAGUAACAAAUUAUAACAAUAGUCAUCAGUAUGCAAUCAUACCAGAGUAGCAAUCAUCAAGGUGUCAAUCAUACCAUAGCAACAGUCAUCAAGGUGUCAAUCAUACCAUAGCAACAGUCAUCAAGGUGUCAAUCAUACCAUAGCAACAGUCAUCAAGGUGUCAAUCAUACCAUAGUAACAGUCAUCAAGGUGUUACUCAUACCAUAGCAACAGUCAUCAAGGUGUCAAUCAUACCAUAGCAACAGUCAUCAAGGUGUCAAUCAUACCAGAGCAACAGUCAUCAAGGUGUUACUCAUACCAGAGCAACAGUCAUCAAGGUGUUACUCAUACCAUAGCAACAGUCAUCAAGGUGUCAAUCAUACCAUAGCAACAGUCAUCAAGGUGUCAAUCAUACCAUAGCAACAGUCAUCAAGGUGUCAAUCAUACCAUAGCAACAGUCAUCAAGGUGUUACUCAUACCAGAGCAACGGUCAUCAAGGUGUUAAUCAUACAGAGCAACAGUCAUCAAGGUGUUAAUCAUACCAUAGCAACAGUCAUCAAGGUGUUACUCAUACCAGAGCAACAGUCAUCAAGGUGUUACUCAUACCAUAGCAACAGUCAUCAAGGUGUUACUCAUACCAGAGCAACAGUCAUCAAGGUGUCAAUCAUACCAUAGCAACAGUAAUCAAGGUGCCAAUCAUACCAGAGUAGCAAUCAUCAAGGUGUCAAUCAUACCAUAGCAACAGUAAUCAAGGUGUCAAUCAUACCAGAGUAGCAAUCAUCAAGGUGUCAAUCAUACCACAGCAACAGUAAUCAAGGUGUCAAUCAUACCAGAGCAACAGUAAUCAAGGUGUUACUCAUACCAUAGCAACAGUCAUCAAGGUGUUACUCAUACCAGAGCAACAGUCAUCAAGGUGUCAAUCAUACCAUAGCAACAGUAAUCAAGGUGCCAAUCAUACCAGAGCAACAGUCAUCAAGGUGUCAAUCAUGCCAUAGCAACAGUAAUCAAGGUGUCAAUCAUACCAGAGUAGCAAUCAUCAAGGUGUUACUCAUACCAUAGCAGCAAUCACCAAGGUGUCAAUCAUACCAUAGCAGCAAUCAUCAAGGUGUCAAUCAUACCAUAGCAACAGUAAUCAAGGUGACAUAUAUACCAUAGCAGCAAUCACCAAGGUGUCAAUCAUACCAUAGCAGCAAUCAUCAAGGUGUCAAUCAUACCAUAGCAACAGUAUUCAAGGUGUCAUAUAUACCAUAGAACAGUCAUAAAGAUGUCAAUCAUAGAAUAGCAGCAAUUAUCAAGGUAAUUAUAUCAUAACGACAUUUAUCAAAAUUACACACAAAAACGACCAGGUCUAUUUUGAAUUAAGGUAGAUGGGUUUAUUUUUGUCAAUUAUUAUGUAAAUAAGUUAAUCAAUAUACACAUAAAUUAUUUUUCAACAUCACUAUUUUGGUACAACUACUAAUUUCUGCAGACUCUUAGAAAUAGGUAGAGUACACAAAUGAGUAUGUAUAUUUAAACUUUCAAUAGGUAAAGUAGGUUAUAAACUAUAUAGCAGGAUUAAAAUAGACAUAGCUUCACUAAGUGGAGCAAUUAGCUAA